CCGAAGUCAAAGUUGUGACCUUAAAGGCUUGAAAUGUCAGUUUAGAUUGUCAUUUCUUUAAAACUUGUGGAUCAGUUUCUCACAAGCAGCUCACAAAGUCCAUGCAUCCAUCAAUCCAUUCAACAUACAUACAUGAAGAUCUGACAUACCCAUCCCAUGAUUUUGUGAAUUUCGGAAUGCCUCUUUUCUUCAUCGCCUCAGCCACUGCUACAAAAAUUUUUUAGGGGCUUAUCGAUCUUCAGGCUUAGUGGACUUUUUUCUUUAAUUAACCACAGCAAAAGUUAGUUUUUUUUUUUUUUAGAAAAAAAUUGUUCUCAUAUUUACUCUUGAAUCUCGCGGCUCCUUCCACAAUUCCUAGAUUCACUGGUUAUUUUAGGGUUUAUAGAUCUAUUCAGCUACUCUGCUUAAUCUUUCCUCUCAUUCACCAUGUUCUGGCAACUCACAGCUCUAUCCGCCUCUUCUCCCGUGGAUUCAAUAUUAGACAAGGAAAACUUUACUUUGGAAGAGCUUCUUGAUGAGGAAGAAAUAAUCCAAGAGUGCAAAGCUUUGAAUAGUCGACUCAUCAAUUUUCUACGAGAUAGAGCCCAAGUUGAGCAGUUGUUGCAAUAUAUUGUCGAAGAACCACCAGAGGAUGCUGACAACAAACGGUCCUUCAAGUUUCCAUUCAUUGCCUGUGAGAUAUUUACAUGUGAGAUUGAUGUCAUUUUGAGGACUUUAGCUGAGGAGGAAGAGUUGAUGAACUUACUUUUCUCCUUCUUGGAACCGAACCGUCCUCAUAGUGCAUUGCUAGCUGGUUAUUUCAGUAAGGUUGUUGUAUGCCUUAUGCUACGGAAGACUGUUCCACUUAUGAACUAUGUUCAACAGGUGCAUCAAGAUGUGUUCUGCCAACUGGUUGAUUUGAUAGGAAUCACAUCCAUCAUGGAGGUUUUGGUUCGGUUAGUAGCUGCUGAUGAUCAUGUUUAUCCAAAUUUUUCGGAUGUAAUGCAAUGGUUAGCUGAUAGCAAUUUGCUGGAAAUGAUUGUGGAUAAAUUGAGUCCAUCAUGUGCUCCUGAAGUUCAUGCUAAUGCGGCAGAAACAUUAUGUGCAAUAACUCGGAAUGUGCCAUCAGCAUUAGCCACAAAACUCUCUAGUCCAAGCUUUGUUGCAAGGAUAUUUGGUCAUGCAUUGGAAGAUUCACAUUCCAAAUCUGGCCUUGUAAACUCACUCUCAGUUUGCAUCUCAUUGUUGGAUCCAAAAAGAUCAGCAAUUAAUUCUCCCUUGAUGUAUUCUUUCCGAAAUCAACUUAUGUAUGAGCCUCCAAUCCCUGUAAAUUCAGAGACUAUCAAUGCAAUGCUGCCUCAGCUUGGUGACUUGCUCAUGCUUUUGAAUGUGUCAUCUGAUGAGAAAAUUUUGCCUACCACUUAUGGAGAAUUGAGGCCACCUCUCGGGAAGCAUCGUCUACAGAUUGUGGAGUUCAUUGCGGUGCUGUUGAGAACUGGAAAUGAAGCUGCACAGAAAGAAUUGGUCAACUCAGGAGCUAUUCGACGAGUUCUUGAUCUUUUCUUUGAGUACCCAUACAACAAUGCAUUACACCAUCAUGUGGAGAGUAUAAUGUUAUCUUGUUUGGAAAGCAAGAAUGAUGCUAUAGUUGAUCAUCUUCUUCAAGAAUGUGAUUUGAUUGGGAAAUUUCUCCAAACUGACAAACAUCAAAUUCUUUCCAGUGACAGUAAUCAGCCAACUUUAGUUGCUGCUGGAAAACGUGCAACACGGGUUGGGAACAUUGGGCACAUUACACGUAUCUCAAAUAAACUUGUACAGUUGGGAUGCAGCAACAGCCGCAUUCAGGCAUGUCUACAGGAAAAUAGUGAAUGGAAUGAAUGGCAAGCUAAGGUUCUGCAAGAGCGUAAUGCAGUUGAAAAUGUUUAUAGAUGGGCUUGUGGCCGUCCAACAUCAUUGCAAGACAGAACGAGGGAUAGUGAUGAAGAUGAUCUUCAUGAUAGAGAUUAUGAUGUUGCAGCUUUAGCAAAUAACCUAAGCCAGGCUUUCAGAUACAGAAUGCAUGGGAAUGAUGAUAAUGAAGAGCAAGGUGCUCUUGAUCGAGAUGAUGAGGAUGUAUACUUUGAUGAUGAAUCUGCUGAGGUGGUCAUAUCAUCCUUGAGGCUUGGUGAUGAACAAGGAAGCCUGUUCACAAAUUCCAACUGGUUUGCAUUCCAAGAUGACAGAACCGGUAAUGCACCUGCGGCCACAUCCCCCACAGAGGUGAUGACUGAGAUGAACUUGAAUGGCACUGCAAAUGGUGGUAACAGCAGUAGUGAUGAUGAAGUGGUAGUUGGAGAGGAAGAUGAGUUGAAUGAAAACAGCCAGUCAGUGAAUAGCACGUCUACUUCAGAUGUGAUGAACGAAUUUAACAAUUUUAUGAGCCGUGGAGACUUGAGUCCACAAGGGGAGAAAGCCAAUGCUACUCAAGAUAUGGGAUUCUUCAGGUUUGAGACAACAGAAAACGAGUUAUUUGGAGACAGGUCUUUACCUGAGUGGGUGAGAUGGGGAGAAUAUUCAGACUUGCAAGUAGGUGGUUCAAGCAAGAAUCCGUUUCUUGAUGAUGACAGCUCAGAUGUCAACCUACCCAGCCAAACUGAGACAAUGGUAACCGAUGUUGCCCCCCCCUUAAAUGGUUCCUCAGAUUCCAUGGAUUUAAGUGAAGGAUCAGAGGGCAGUGAUACAAAUCAGAAAUCUCCACCAUUGGUGCCCUCUUUGUUUGAAGAGGAUGUUGAAUUUGUAGGUGUGGAAUUAGAAGGUACAGAGAAGGCAAUGGAACAAGCAUUAAAAGAAGGGAUAGUUGGGGAAGCAGGGCAGUUGAAGAGGAGCAGUGUUCCAAAGGUACCGGAAAAGGAGAAUCCUGAUGAUGAUGGAGCUGGAAUGCAGGAGUUUAAUGAUUCAAACUAUUGGAGGGUUGAUCAAGAGGUUUCUGUUUCAGAAUAAUGCUUGGAUGAAAGAUGUUUUCUGCUGAACCUGAAAGUUGGACUUGAAUCUCGGACCCAGAAUCGAAGAUUUGGUUGGUGAGGAGGGCUGAAGCUGUAAAACAAACUUCAUAUGUACAUUAUAAUUUUGUUUCCACGUGGUAUGAUAAUGAUUACUACUGUUCAUUAGUUAUUGCCGCUGCUGCCGUUGUUGUUAUUAUUAUUCAAGGUUUUGUUUCUUUCUUCCUGUUAGUCUGAUUUUCAAGGGUUUAGGGUUUCCCUGUCACGUCAAAUUUUUAGAACUUAAUUAAUUUCAAUGGCUGGAAUAACUCCGCAGUUGUCCAAA